AUGGAUUCAACCGUAUUGCUAAUUGUCCUGCCGCUGGUGGCCGGAGUCAUUGCGUUGGUGUUUGCCGCCAUUAUGGCUUUCCGAGUGGUAGGGGCCGAUGCUGGCAAUGAACGAAUGACCGAAAUAGGCGACGCUAUCCGAGUGGGGGCGUCGGCUUUUUUGCGCCGUGAAUAUCUGGCUUUGUUGCCUUUAGUAGUGGUAGUGACAGUUGUCCUGGCCGUAUUGGACUAUACUCUGUUCGCCCAUGAUAUCGGCGUACCCGCCACAGCAAUUUCCUAUUUGGUUGGCACUAUUUGCUCCGGAUUGGCUGGAUUCAUUGGAAUGAAUAUUGCGGUACGUGCCAACGUGCGGACCGCCGCCGCCGCCAUGCGUGGCCUGAACCCUGCCCUGCGGGUGGCUUUUUCCAGUGGAACAGUGAUGGGUGUAACCGUAGUCGGCAUUGGCCUUCUGGGUGUGACCAUUCUUUACCUGGUUUUCCAGGACAUAAGCGCCGUAGCCGGAUUUGGAUUUGGCGCCAGUUCCAUCGCCCUCUUCGCCCGUGUCGGUGGUGGAAUCUUCACCAAGGCCGCCGACGUUGGUUCCGACUUGGUCGGUAAGAUUGAAGCAGGCAUACCUGAGGAUGACCCUCGCAAUCCCGGUGUCAUUGCAGAUAACGUGGGCGACAACGUCGGUGAUGUAGCCGGAAUGGGCGCGGACCUGUUUGAGUCCUACGUAGGCAGCAUUAUCUCAGCCGUUGCUCUAGUGGGUGCGGGUACCUUGUUUGCCAUGCAGGAUGCAGACAAGGUUCAAGCUCUCUUCCCAAUGCUUCUGGCGGGAGCGGGCAUUAUCGCCGCCAUCCUCGGCACUUUCGUCGUGCGUAGCGGCGAACAGGCUGACUUCGACAAGCUUCUCUGGGCUCUGCGAUAUGGCAUUUUCGCCGCUGGCGGGUUGCUAAUCAUCUUCGCCGCCGUACUCACGGUAACCAUAACCCAGGAAUGGUCGUGGUUCGGCUGCGUGGUCGCUGGCCUGGUGGCUGGAACCAUAAUCGGCCUGGCGACCGAGUACUUCACUUCCUACAGUUACAAACCAACUCAGCGGGUUUCUGAGGCCUCCCAGACCGGAGCCGCAACGGUAAUAAUCAGCGGCAUUGCCAGCGGCAUGCUCAGCACUCUUAUCCCGGUCAUAUGCAUUUCAGUCGCGAUCUUGCUGGCCUACUGGUUUGCGGGAUUCUACGGCGUGGCCCUGGCCGGUGUGGGUCUGCUUUCCACCCUGGGCAUUACCUUGGCUACCGACGCUUAUGGCCCGGUGGCGGACAACGCCGGCGGUAUCGCCGAACAGGCCCAGUUGGACCCGCAGGUCAGGGAACGCACCGACGCGCUGGACGCCCUGGGCAACACCACCGCCGCCACUGGCAAGGGCUUUGCGAUUGGGUCGGCUGCUUUGACCGCCCUGGCUUUGCUGGCCGCUUAUGCCGUCAGCGCCGGACUGAUAACCCUGGGCGAGGACGGACGGUUGAGCGCAGGCGGAUCUGGAAUCAAUCUGCUGGACCCGCGGAUUCUCGUGGGCGUGAUAACUGGUGCCAUGCUGCCCUUUAUCUUUUCCGCAUUGACUAUGCAGGCCGUGGGCCGGGCCGCUCAGGGAAUUGUGGACGAGGUACGCCGGCAGUUCCGCGAAAUACCAGGUCUGAUGGAGGGCACAGCUAGUCCCGAUUCAGCAAGGUGCGUGGAUAUCAGUACCAGGGCAGCGCUGCGUGAGAUGAUUCUUCCCGGCGUGAUGGCGGUAGUCGCUCCCUUGGCCACCGGUUUCAUUCUGGGUCAGGCGGCAUUGGGUGGCCUUCUCAUCGGCGCGAUCUCGUCCGGCUUCAUGCUGGCGAUUAUGAUGGCCAGCGCCGGCGGUAGCUGGGACAACGCCAAGAAAUACGUUGAGCUUGGCAACUUUGGCGGAAAGGGUUCAGACGCCCACAAGGCCGCUGUAGAGGGCGACGUAGUCGGUGACCCAUUCAAGGACACUUCCGGCCCGUCCCUGAAUAUUCUGCUCAAGCUGAUGGCCAUAGUUUCCCUGGUGUUCGCCCCGGUAUUCGGCAACGGGCUGAUAACCCUGGGAUAA